AAAUUAAAAAAAAAAUUCGUUUACGUACUCUUCGUACGGGUGUGAGAAAUCAGAAUUUUUUUUUUGUAUCACGCGCGAGUCAAACAUUUUUUCAUUGAACGGUGGUUGAAUUUUUUCUUUUAUUUGGUGUUUGAAAAUAAAUCUUGUAAAAAAAACGUUAACUAAAUUAAACAAUCAACCAACAAUAAUAAUAAUAAUAAUAAUAAUGAAAAGUUUAUUCAUCAAUUCAACAAGUCAACAACGACAGAAAACAUGUCCACCAAGCUAUGUUUCUUUGGAUAAUGAUAAUGAACAUUUGAUCCAUAUACUUCGUUUAGAAAGGGAUAGAUUAAUUCAAAGAUUACAAUAUGAAUCGGCCAUAUUUCUUUCGGAUAAAAUCAUAGCCAUUAAUGGAAUGAAUAUAAAUGAUGGAUUCAUAUUGGUACAUUGUAUUUAUCUAUCGAAACAAUAUCAACGUGCUGCACAUCUUAUACAACAUAAUAAUCUACAUGAAAUGGAUGUAAAAUGCUGUUGUUUACUAGUCAAAUGUUUGAUGAAAAUCAAAAAUUAUAAAAAAGCUCUCACCAUUAUUGAUUCAUGUUUGAAAACACGAUUACUAAAUGAUAUUAAAUGGCGUGUACCAUUGCUUGUAUUGCGAAGUGAUGCAUAUGAAUGUUUGGAUAAUCGUAUCGAUGCACGACAAUCAUUAAUAAAAGCAUUGGAACAGAAUUUUCUUUGCUAUGAAGCAUUCUAUCGUAUUACACAUCAUCAUAUGGCAACGAAAAUCGAAGAAUUAGAUAUUCUUUGUAAAUUAAUAAUGAAAAGUCGUUCAGAACGUUCAAGAUUUAUUAGUAGUUUUAUGACAGAUUUUAUGAUAUUUUUCUAUUAUAUUCAAUUGAAAAAAUAUGAUAAACCUGAUCGUUUAUUUAUACGGAAACCAUUUCAAUUGUUUGCUGAAAAUUUUGAUUUUCUUAUUGCACAGGCCGAACGACAUUUCUAUAAUUUUGACCUAGUACAAGCAUUGGAGAUUACAUCCAAGUUAAUUGAAAAAGAUCCACAUAAUUUUGAAUGUCUUGAGAUACAUAUUUCAUGUUUGCUCAGCCUUGAAAGAUCUAUUGAAUUAUUCAAAUUGUCACAAAAUUUGAUUGAUUUAUAUCCGGAACAUGAAAUAUCUUGGUAUUCAUUAGGCUGUUAUUAUCAUCUGAUUAAAAAGAAAGCAGUAUCUCGUCGUUAUCUACAAAAAGCAGUUACAUUGAACAAUAUAUUUGCACCAGCUUGGCUGCUGUAUGGUCAUUCAUUUUCCGAUGAUAAUGAACAUGAUCAAGUGAUGGCCACAUAUUUUAGAGCAUCACAUCUUAUGCCCGGUUGUCACCUGCCAUUACUUUAUAUUGGUGUUGAAUAUGCUCGUACAGAGAAUCAUAAAUUGGGUGAAAAAUUUAUCUGUACCGCUUUGACAAAAGCACCGGAAGAUCCAUUAGUAUUACAUGAACUUUCAGUUACGGCAUUUCAUUCGGAUGAAUUACUAAAAGCUGAUCGUUAUCUUCGACAUGCUUUACGGGCGCUCAAAUAUACUGAAAACAAAGAUGAUGAUAUCCGUAUUCAAUAUGAACCAUUAUUCAGUAAUAUGGGUCAUAUAAAUCGUAAAUUAGGUCGUUAUAAUGAUGCUAUUGAAUUUUUUAAAAAAUCACUUGCACUUUCACCAAAUAAUUCGUCUACAUAUUCAUCGAUUGGUUUGGUAUAUUGUAUGUUGGAUAAAUUUUCCGAAGCAGUUUAUUAUCUGGAUCAUGCAUAUGGUUUGAAUCGUCUAUUCAAACGUGAUGAUGUAACAAAAGAUCUGCUUGACGAUGCAUUGAAAUUCUAUCCGGAUAGUUUACAAUUACCAGGACAAUCGGAUUUACCUGAUUUAAAUCAAAAAUUACCCACAUGGAUCGAUUGUGAUAAUCGAAUAGAGAUGGCUCGUAAUCUUGCCAAAACAUCAUCAUCAUCAUCAUCAUUAAUGGCUAAUGAAAAUCUAAAACAACAGAAUAAUGAUAAUAAUGAUCGAAUCAUUAUUUUUGAAUCUAAUCAAAUGAAUCGAAACGAUAAUUAUACAAAUUCACCGUUAAGUCCGGUAUUGGAAAUUAGUCUAUCCAGUGAUAAUCCAGAUGAUAUACCAUUGUUUCCCGGUGAAAAAAUUGAUGCCGAAAUUAAUGCUCGUGAAGUAACAUACAUUUGUCCAUAUGAAGGUGAAAUACGAGGCCAUCUUUAUCUAACCAAUUAUAAAUUAUAUUUUAAAAAUGAUGAUGAACGUGAACCAAAUAAAACAAGAUUGGUACAUGUACCAUUGGGCACGAUCAAAAAGAUUGAUAAAUUUGGUGGUUCACAAACGAAAGGCAACAAUGCUUAUGGUAUAAUUGUUCAUUGUAAAGAUGUACGAACGUUAAAAUUUGCACAUAGUCCAGAAAAUCAUUCACGACGUGAUGUUUUUGAAAAACUUCGUCAAUAUGCAUUCCCAUUGACCUAUUCAUCGAAUAAGAAAAUGUUUUGUUUUGAAUUCAAAGCUACAUAUCCAGUAGAUGGUUGGUCUGUAUAUGAACCAUUAGCUGAAUUUAAACGAAUGAAUUUACCGAAUGAAUCAUGGCGUAUAACAAAAAUUAAUGAUAAAUAUAAACUAUGCGAUACAUAUCCAGCCAUUCUGGUUGUUCCACAUAAUGUUACCGAUAAUGAUCUACAAGCUGUUGCAGCAUUUCGUAGUCGUGCACGAUUACCAGUAUUAAGUUGGAUACAUCCUGAAUCACAAGCAAGUAUUGUACGUUGUUCACAACCAUUGACAGGUAUUAGUGGACAACGUUCAACGGAUGAUGAAAAAUAUAUUCAAAUGAUAAUGGAUGCAAAUGCUCAAUCACAUAAAAUAUUUAUUAUGGAUGCUAGACCACAGACAAAUGCAAUGGCUAAUCGUACCCGUGGUGGCGGUCUUGAAAAUGAACAUUUAUAUAAUAAUGCUGAGAUACAAUUUCUUGGUAUUGCUUCGAUUCAUCCGAUGCGUGAAAGUUUACGAAAAUUAACCGAACUUUGCUACGGAAAUAUUGAUGAUUCAUUAUUUAUGAUUGAAUUGGAAAAAUCUCAAUGGCUUAAACAUAUACAAAUUAUAUUGAGCGGUGCUGUCAGAAUUGUCGAUAAAAUUGAAUGUCAAAAAACAUCGGUUGUCGUACAUUGUAGUGAUGGAUGGGAUAGAACAUCCCAGCUAACUAGUCUGGCCAUGUUGAUGCUUGAUCCAUAUUAUCGAACAUUACGUGGUUUUGAAGUAUUGAUCGAAAAAGAAUGGCUCAGUUUUGGACAUAAAUUCGCUCAACGACUUGGCCAUGGUGAAGAUAAAUCAUCGGAUGAUAAUCGUUCACCGGUUUUUCUUCAAUGGUUAGAUUGUGUAUGGCAAAUUCAACGACAAUUUCCUACCGCUUUUGAAUUUAAUGAAACACUUUUAUUGGUAAUUGCCGAUCAUAUGUAUUCAUGUUUAUUCGGAACAUUUUUGGCCAAUUCCGAAUCGACACGUAAACGUGACGGUAUAUUGAAUAAAACAAAAUCCAUAUGGUCAAUGGUGAAUACGUAUAGAGAUGAAUUCCUAAAUGCAUGCUACACAACAGCACCCACACCAUAUGCCAUCGCAUUGACUGUAUCAUCGACUAAAGAUUAUGUUAUCGUACCACGAUGUGCUGCACCAUUCAUCGAAUUAUGGACCAGUUAUUUUUGUCGUUGGAAUAUGAAUAUUUCACCACAAUCCAUUGAUCAGAUACGAUUACGAAACAAAGAACUAUUAGCAAUACGAGCUGCAUUACAGAAAAAAGUGGAAGAAUCACAAAAACAAUUACAGAAUAAAUAUUCACGUCAAUCGAAUGCCGUAUCAAAUGCCGGCCAUUCAAAUUCAUCCGGACCAUCAUCACCAUCGAAUUCACAGUUAACGAAUACAAAUCCAAAUGCAAGAAUUGUUAAUAUCUGAAAAACCGAUUGAAAUCCAUAUGUGGAGAUUUUUCUCAAAAAUAUUGUUACAAAAAAAAUACCCACACAUCUGUGUGUGCAUGAUACUAAAUUGAGCAAAUGCACAUCAGUAUUACGUGGGCGAAAAAUCCGAUUUUUUCUUUUGUUUUAUUUGAAUCGUUGGUGUUUUUUUUCACUCACCCAAAAAUAUAUCGCGAUCGAUGUGUAUGUCAUUCAUCAUCAUCAUCACCACCACCACCACCAUCAUCAUGAUCAUCAACGCGUCAUUACUAUGGUUAAUACUAAUGUUUUAGGAUUUUGUAUUAAAAAUGAUAAUCAUUUGUAUUUCAAUUUAUAAUGAAAAUAAAUGAAAA